AUGGGCCACAGAUCCUCCACUAUGGUGAGUCCAUCGUGUCAUCUGCUCCCCUCGGCCUGCCUGGUCCUUCUUUCCCUACUUUGCACCUCUGUGCUGGGCCAGCUCGAUCUCAGUCGGCUGGAUGGGGACACAGUCUGCCCGCCCAUGAGAAAUGGACAGGAUGACCUUCCAGGUUUUGAUUUGAUCACGCAGUUCCAGCUGGACAUCAUUCCACUGAAAGGAGUGAAGAAGGUAGAGGGUUCGACGCCACUUCAAGUGGCGUACAGGCUCGACCGGGAGGCCAAAUUUCAAAUUCCGACGAGGUUGAACUUCCCACGAGGCUUUCCAGAUGAAUACUCCUUCAUGACUACGUUCCGAAUGAUGAAGAAUACAGUGAACAAGGUGUGGAACAUCUGGCAGGUGGUGGAUGAGGAUGGGCGGAAGCAGGCUGGCCUCCGACUCAAUGGAGACCAGCAGGCCUUGGAGUUCUUCCUGAUCGGCAUGGAUGGUCAGCUACAGACCGUCACCUUCCCAGGACUGUCAGUCCUCUUCAACACCAAGUGGCACAAGGUCAUGGUGGGUGUGGAGUGGGACCAGGUGACCCUCUACGUGGAUUGCCAGCCGGUGGACAGCAAGCCUAUUAAGGGCAAAGACUUAAUCAAUACGGAAGGGGACACCCUCAUUGGGCGGCUGGAUGCCGAUCCAAACUCAUCUGUGGUGUUUGAGCUCCAGUGGAUGCUGAUUCACUGUGACCCUAAGAGGGCCCAAAGAGAGAGCUGUUCUGAAUUGCCACAACCAGAGAUGUUUCCAAAUGCUGAGCCUGAUCCAAAACCAAUCCCAGGCCUUCCAGGUCCCCAGGGCCCAGAAGGGCCCCGUGGCCCGCAGGGAGAAGCUGGCAGAGACGGACGAGAUGGCCUCCCAGGUCAGCCAGGAACUCCUGGAGCUCCUGGCAGCAAAGGGGAGAAAGGUGAAAUCGGUUUGCCAGGGCAGCGGGGACUCCCCGGACUUCCAGGACCCACCGGAUCACCUGGGCCAAUGGGACCUAGAGGCCCAGUUGGUGAGAGAGGACUUCCUGGCUUUCCAGGCUCUCCUGGCCCCCCCGGGCCUGCCAUUGUUGGACCUCCGGGUCCACCUGGGACCCCCGGGGAGCCAGGAGAUUCUGGAAACAUCGGACCUGAGGGUCCACCUGGACCAAGGGGUGGUCUUGGACCAGCAGGACCUCCUGGCCCUCCUGGACCCCCAGGGCCUUCAGGACCACCUGGUAUCACCAACACAGAGGCCAGUGGGGAUUUUUGCCAAGCAGCUUGUCCAGCUGGACCUCAGGGAAAUCCAGGUGUUCCAGGAAUGAAGGGUCACAAAGGCAAUCAGGGCCCCCCCGGUGAACCUGGACGCCCUGGACAAAAGGGAGAGCCAGGACCAUCAGGGGUCCAGGGCCUACCAGGGCGUACAGGGAGCGAGGGACAAAGGGGACCCAUAGGCUAUCCUGGCACCUCUGGCGAUAAAGGUGACAGGGGACCACCAGGAUUCAAUGGAAUUCCUGGACCAACUGGACCUCCUGGUCCUCCUGGCCUGGAAGGAACUCGAGGACGUCAGGGUUUGGAAGGCCCUAAGGGUGACCAAGGUCCAAUUGGUUCUCCUGGGGAGCAGGGCCUCCCGGGUCAGAAAGGGGAACAGGGAGACCCAGGUAAAGAUGGCAGAGAUGGAGUACCCGGGCAGGAUGGUGUCAAGGGAGAGCCUGGUUUGCCUGGGUCUAUAGGUAUAAGGGGUCUUGUCGGAAUUCCGGGGUUGCCCGGGAAGCAGGGGUUGAUGGGUCCUCUGGGAGAAAAGGGGGAGCCCGGGGCUGAUGGAGCUAUGGGCCCCCCAGGGCCUCCUGGUAAACCGGGAGCAGACGGCGCAGCGGGUGAAAACGGAAUUCCAGGAGCGAAGGGAUCUACCGGUGACCCUGGAAAGCCAGGACCUGUCGGUCCGCCGGGCCUUCCUGGACCCCAGGGUGAUAAAGGGAGCAAGGGCGACGUGGGUCUCCGUGGAAUCAAAGGACACACAGGACAAAAAGGAGACAUGGGCCCAGCUGGUCCCGUUGGACCAAAAGGAAAUGAGGGUACCCCAGGUGCUGUUGGAAAACCAGGACCAAGAGGCGAAAAGGGUCCUGCCGGCAUUCCUGGGCUCACAGGAGAGCCUGGAGCUAAAGGAGAAAGGGGAUCUAAAGGUCCAGAUGGGAUGCCAGGCCAGCCAGGACACACAGGGAUGAGUGGGCCCAUGGGCCCCCGGGGACUGGAAGGGGAGAGGGGUAUUCCUGGGCCCCCAGGACCCCGUGGCUUACCUGGUCCCAAAGUCAGCGACCACAAAAUCCACGAGAUCUGCAGCAGCAUCGUCGAAGCACAAUUAGCAGAGUUUAAAAAAGCUGCCCUGAAAAUGCCAGCGGCCAUAGGAGCUCCAGGAAGCCCAGGACCCAUGGGACCCCCAGGUCCUCCAGGACCAUCUGGCCCUGCUGGUACAGCUGGUGUUCCUGGGCAAAGGGGUUCAACAGGUCUCCAAGGGCCACCGGGGUUCCAUGGAGUACCUGGACAGAAGGGUGAGACUGGAGCCAAAGGUGAGAAAGGAGAUGUAGGAGAAGGAAUCCGAGGAAGUCCAGGCCAGCCAGGUCCCCCAGGUGCACCUGGAGUUCCUGGCAUUGGGAAAGAUGGACGGGAUGGUGCCCGUGGAGACACUGGACGCCCCGGGAACCCUGGUGCCCCCGGUCCUAGGGGGCCAGUGGGGGCACCAGGACUGUGUGACCCUUCGGACUGCUUUGGGAGGACACCGAUCUUUAUGCCUGUCAGUGGCAAGAAAUCCAUAAAUGUCAAGGGCCCUUGA